ACAUUGUAUACGGAAGAUAUUACGGAAGAUAUUGGAGUGACACGUGGACCGAGGAUACAACCGAGAUAGAUUCUGCGCUCUCACCUCGAAACGCGGACGGUGGAGCUCGACGAAGACGUCCUUUCGGGUGGCGUCGCGAAGCGCCGCAGCGGAUGUUACGCCGGGCUGGUAAAGGGCGCCGGGUGAUCUACGGGAGUAGCAGCCUGGAAGUGACUAAAGGCCAUCACCACGGCGUUCAACAUGUUCGAGAUGUGGAGCGCGGUGAGUUCCAAGUUGGAACACUCCGCGACCUCCUCGGGCUCGCCGUUACCUCUGACCUCGCACGCACCGCAGACGCCCCAUACCUCGUCCGGGAGCAUAAAAGCCCAGAUCGAAAUAAUCCCGUGCAAGGUGUGCGGCGACAAGAGCAGCGGCGUUCAUUAUGGCGUGAUCACCUGCGAGGGCUGCAAAGGCUUCUUCAGGCGGUCCCAGUCGUCGGUCGUCAACUAUCAAUGUCCGCGGAACAAGAAUUGCGUGGUCGACCGUGUAAACAGAAACCGGUGCCAGUACUGUCGGUUGCAAAAGUGCCUACGCCUCGGCAUGUCCAGAGAUGCCGUUAAAUUCGGGCGCAUGUCGAAGAAGCAGCGGGAGAAGGUCGAGGACGAAGUUAGGUUCCACAAGGCACAAAUGAGAGCGGCCUCGGAGACGGCGCCCGAUAGCAGCGUGUUUGAACAUCAGACCCCGAGCAGUUCGGAUCAGCAUCACCCUUUCAACGGCGGGUACACGUAUGGCGGCAGCGAAUACGCUUCCCCCGGCCCCGGCACGGGUGGGUCGGGUUAUUACAAUCAUCAAGCGAUGACGAACUACGAGCUUAGCGCCGACUACGUCGACAGCACCACGACCUACGAUCCACGACCGACGCAGACGCAGGUCGCGGACACUGUCGCCCCUGAUACACCCUCCGCUGUCACCGCGACUGGGGUACUUCCCAGCGUGGUCACCACCGGGAAGUCGCUGUCUGCCUCGACGACCGGAAGCAGCACGGGGGGUAGCGGUGGCGGUAGUAGCGGCGGCGGAGGCGGUGGAGGCGGUGGUGGCGGUGGUAACGGUGGUGGAUCCGGUGGUGGUGGCUCGGGUGGUGGAGGGAGCGGUUCUGGGAGCGGCGGUGGUGCGGCCGCCGGUGGCGGUGGCGGUGCCGGUUCCCUGAGCGGUGGUGGAAUCGUUGCUGUGAAGCAAGAGACCACCGUCGAACUGGCCAGCUUGGGCCACGGCUCGUACACGAUGGUCGACUCGACGACCUUUCUGAGCGGUCAGCAACAGAGGGUCAGCAAUCCAUCCGAGGACGACGAAGUGCCGAGUCUGCCCAGUAUGUCCCAUGCGAGAUAUCCGGCACAGAUCAGCGAGCUGCUCUCAAAAACGAUAGCGGAUGCACACGCAAGAACGUGUCUGCUGUCGACGGAACAGAUACAGGAGUCUUUCCGGAAGCAGCACGACCUCUCCAGAUUGAUCUACUACAAGAACAUGGCGCACGAGCAGCUCUGGCUCGAGUGCGCCCAAAAACUAACCACCGUUAUCCAGCAGAUCAUCGAGUUCGCCAAGAUGGUUCCUGGAUUCAUGAAGCUCUCGCAGGACGACCAGAUUGUUCUAUUAAAGGCUGGUUCCUUCGAGUUGGCUGUGCUACGUAUGAGCAGGUACCUCGAUCUCCAGCAGAACUGUGUCCUCUACGGUGACACCAUGUUACCACAGGACGCGUUUUACACGACAGACACGGCGGAAAUGAAGCUUGUUUCUUGCGUGUUUGAGUUGGCCAGGAGUAUUGCCGAAUUGAAGCUUACGGAAACAGAGCUGGCUCUUUACAGUGCAGCGGUUCUCCUUAGUCCCGAUCGGCCGGGGCUGAAAGGGCUCGCGGAAAUCACGAGACUGUCGCAGGCGGUGAUCAGGGCGCUGAGGUCGGAGCUGGAUCGUAACCACGUGUCGCCCAUAAAGGGCGACGUGACGGUGUGCGACGCGAUCCUCGCGAAGAUCCCGCAGCUCCGGGAGAUAUCGCUGUUGCACAUGGACGCCCUGGCGAAGUUCAAACGGUCGCAGCCGCACCUCGAGUUCCCGGCCCUUCACAAAGAGCUUUUCAGCGUCGACAGCUGAACGAUCGACGCGGCGCAGGGCGUCCCGACGCUGACGAACAAAGCGGUACGCGAGUAGCGCCGGGCCUUGCUCUGUCAAGACCUGCGCAACCCGAUUUCACGAUUGCCCAAACAACCGACUUCGUUUGGACGCUCGUUGUGCUUCGGAUCUUGAAUUUACACGCGAGCGGAGGCCGGCUUUGAAAAAGUCGGCAUCCUCGAGCGGGGAAACAAGUAACUGCGAUUUU